AAAAAAUAUUUAGUUUUUUAAAAUAUUCAUGUACAAUGGUGAAGUAAUUCUCUUGAAGAAGAAGAAUCAGGUUAGGUAAAAUUUUAAAGUUUGAACUUUUUUUUCUAUUUUUUUAUUGUUGUUUGAUGUUGAGUUUAUGCAUGUCAAAAAUACUUUGAGGGUUUCAUUUGAAGUAACCCUUUAGUAUUAGAAAUCCCUUAUAAACCAAAUAAAUACCCACUUGCUCCUACUAAUAGCAUAGCAUAUUCAAAUUUGAGUAGAUGAGAAGAAAAACUGAAAAUAAAUUCUGGGUUUUAUUUGGUUUUGUCUCUAUACAAGGAAAAAAUGAUUCUUUGGUUGCAUUCUUGAUCUGAAGAACUGAGCUGGGUUAGUGUUUGAUUUUUGAGCUACAAAAUUUAGUUGUUGGUUCUUCUGCUUAUGAUCUAUGUAUUAUGAUAAGUUUAAUGGGGCAUAAACAUGUAAAAAUGUCAUGGAUUCACUAUCAAAUCCACCAAAAAGAUGGGUUCUUGACAUAUCCACCGCCUCUUCCUCCUCCAUCAUAUACUACUGCUCAUAAAGAAUCAAGUUCAUCAUCUUCUGGUACACGGAUUAGCCCUGCUGUUCUUUUUAUUAUAGUGAUUCUUGCUGUACUUUUUUUUGUAUCUGGUUUGCUUCAUUUGCUUGUUAGAUUCCUUAUAAAGCAUCCAUCUUCAUCAGCUGCCUCCCAAUCUAACAAUAAUAAUAGUAGAUACCCUGAAAUCUCUGGCCCUGAUGCUCUCCAAAGACAAUUACAGCAGCUUUUUCAUCUGCAUGAUUCGGGUUUGGAUCAGGCUUUUAUUGAUGCUCUUCCUGUUUUUCAGUAUAGAGAAAUUGUUGGUUUGAAAGAGCACUUUGAUUGUGCUGUUUGUUUAUGUGAGUUUACUGAGAAAGAUAAGCUGAGGUUGCUUCCUAUUUGUAGUCAUGCUUUUCAUAUUAAUUGCAUAGAUACUUGGUUGUUGUCAAAUUCGACGUGUCCUCUUUGUCGAGGGACGCUUUUUAAUCCCGGGUUUUCGAUGGAUAAUCCCAUGUUUGAUUGUGAUGAUUUGAGAGAAGAUGAUGGUUGUUCUUGUAAUGGGGAAAAUGGUUUCUCUACUAGUCAAAAGACCGUCGAAAUUGAAGAGCCGGUUAUUGUUGUUGAAAAGGCGGUUUUGCCUGUUAGGCUUGGUAAGUUCAGGAGGCUAGAUGAUGGAGCGGGGGAAGCAGGAGGAGAGACUAGUAGCAGUAACUUAGAUGCGAGAAGAUGUUUCUCGAUGGGUUCAUAUCAAUAUGUGCUUGGCGAUUCAGACCUCCGAGUUGCCUUGUGCAAUGAGAGACGUAACAGCGAUGUUAGGCUUGAAAACGGGAGUGAACGAAUUGGUAAUGUUUCUGUGGACGUGGACUUUGAGGGAAAGAAGAUUAGCAGAGUGAACAAACGUGAGAGCUUCUCCGUGUCUAAGAUCUGGCUUUGGUCUAAAAAGGGAAAGUUUUCGAGCUCCGCUGAAGCUCAGAUGGAUAUGCCGCCUUCACUUAGCGUAGAUUUGCCAUGGAUGGGCAGAACACUAGAGAAAUGAGAGGUAUUUUUAUUUCACAGUUCUUCUUUAAUCAAUUGAUUAGAGCUUCAUUCUUUUUUCUGUUUGAAAACUUUUUGGGGAUGCUAAUUGAAAUACUUGGCUGUGGUAUAUUGUUUAUGUAAUGCUUGUGCUUACAAUUUUGAUUCAUUCAAAAUCAAAUUUCAAGCAUUUCUUUUGUAAAAAUUGACCAAAAUCUAAUACCCUUGUUUAGAUA